AUGGACCAGCAUCGACAAAAACAAGCCAAGCCGACCGCUCUGACCUCCACGGCCAUUACAUCACUUGCGGCUUUGAAAGUCAUUCUUGGUGCAUCCUGUGUCAUCGCACCGCAGUUCGCCUGCAGCCUGUUUCUGCUUAAGCUGCCUCCCCAGGGGGCAAUCGCAGGCCGUCUGUUCGGGUCUAGCUGUGCGGCUCUGGGCCUGCUCACCUGGAAGCUAAGCAAGAGGGCAUCGGAGGGCAGCCUGAGCAACUCGGAUCUGAAGACUGCGCUGGCAUUGAACAUCAUGGCGGACACGGCGGACACCAUUAGCUGCCUCGUGGGCUAUUCAGCUGGGAUGUAUGGCCUGCCCACCCUGGGGAUGCUGGGCGGUGGUUGCGUAGCUCUCGCGGUGUUGGGCGCCGCAGGCUAUGCAGGGAUCGAUUCGCGUGCUUGA